ACCAACUCUGGGGCGUGUCUGAGGAGACGCUGGGCAGGAGGAGAGGCGUCCCUCUGCUCUGUCCGCUGGUGGAUCGCAUUGACUAGUGUGUGUUGUGAUGAAACGUCAUACCUAUUUAGUUUUCAGGCUGCCUCUUCAGCCUGAGGAAUCCGCACCGCUUGGGCAGAACGUGGGAGUGGCAGCGCCGGCCGCCUGGAGCAGAGGUGACAAAGGACAGCUCAGCUGGGCCUGCAGCUCUCAGUUUCACAAGACACCCACAAGUUAAUUUCAAGCUGCUAUAGGUUGCCAUUUCUGGAUCUGACAUGCUAUAUUUGAAAGUGAAAAAUAUAGCUUGCACAAGUAGACUGGAAGCACAUACCUGCCCUUCAGGCGUGGUCACCAUCUUCCAUUGCUCGAGUCCCUUGGUUGAGUUUGAGCCUAAAUGUCAGGGUUUCUUGGUGCAAACUUCAUUCUGCACCAUCUCCUCUUAGUCACCAAUGUGUGCUAGAGGGUAGCUUGCUCUGAGCUCAGUUCUGGACACCAGGGACACAGUGACUGGAAAAACAGGGAUAGCUCUCUCUUCAACCACCCCUGAGGCUGAGUGGCCCACCCAAGGGCCGCUUCAUGGUGUCCAGUCUCGGAGGAUGUGGGCAGACUGAGGACCAGCUCACCGCAAGGAACCUGAGGGUGCUUCCAUUCAAGUGCUACACUUUCUAAAUGAGUCAAGCUCUCUCAGCCAGCUAGUGGUAGGGCUGGAGGUUGACAGUGUAGAUGUCUUGGCAUCCGACCUAAGAACAGCACCUGAGCCUCUCUGCCCAGGGGCAUUUUUUCUGGUCCUAGGAACAUAACUGGCACACAUGUGACCAGAAUGCCAGGGAGGGGAUGCCCCCAGGACCAGCAGGUGAUCUUGAAAGGCAGCUGUACAUACAUGAGGGUCAUUCCCUACCAGGUAGUCUUUGAGGGUGUUCUCUACUGUUCCUCCCAGGGACUUCCAGUAGGCUACAACUCCAGGGGUAACCUGCUCAUGAAUGUACCUUGUAUUUCCCUUCUUACCGUCCCUUUCCUGUGUCCCUAACCACCUACAAUUGCUUCUUGGAAUCUUUUUCCCCACCAAUGCUCUAACUUUGGUUAUUAUCUUCAUUUUACAGGAGAGGAGCUUCCAAGUCUGUGAGGAGAGAGCCUUGAAGCUGGAGGGAUGUGAGGUACCUACUGGGCAGAGGGAGCAGGGCCCAGGCAGCAGAAGCAGUGUGUGCCAAUCACAGAGAGAUGUGGUGCAAAGAGGUGAAGCGUGCAGGUACCUAGGGCUUUGCCUGUGAGAACCGGCUGAUGACACGAAGUGGCGCUGGCGCUGACAUCACGGUUAGGAGCCUGCUGUAACUCCAGCCCCACAGAGCUCUGGCCCCACUCCAGCCCAUCAUCGCUAUGUUCUACUAGCUCAGGCCAUCCAAGUGAUCAUGAACAUGUGAUGAAACGAGGAACUGCAGAUGGUAGCAGCCUGAAUUGCCGAGUCAUUGCUGGAGGGAGGAACCUGAACAUUGCUCACCUUAAAAUUGAAGCACCAGUAAAAGACGUGGAGAGCCAGAGAUGGGAUUCAAAAUGAAAGCCAGGGAACCCUUGAAAUCAGAGGCCCUUGUAACAGAUGCUUUAAUUCCUGAAGAGAACAAGGAAGAAAAAGCAGAAGGAGCAGGAACUUUGGAAAACCCCUUGCUCUGGAAAGCAAUUGAAGCGCUUGUGAAGGACAUGCAGAACCCAGAGACAGGAGUCAAAAUGCAGAACCAGAGGGUCCUGGUGACCAGCGUCCCUCACUCCAUGACAGGAGGCGAUGUUCUACAGUGGAUCAUUCAGCGGCUUUGGAUCUCCAAUCUGGAGGCACAGAACUUGGGCAACUUCAUUGUCAAGUAUGGCUACAUUUACCCUCUGCAAGACCCCAAGAAUCUUGUUCUCAAGCCCGACAGUAGCCUCUACCGAUUUCAGACACCAUAUUUCUGGCCUACCCAGCAGUGGCCAGCUGAAGAUACAGAUUAUGCCAUCUAUCUAGCCAAGAGAAAUAUCAAGAAGAAAGGGAUUUUAGAAGAAUAUGAAAAGGAAAAUUAUAAUUUCUUGAACAAAAAAAUUAACUACAAGUGGGACUUUGUCAUUAUGCAGGCCAAAGAGCAGUACAGGACUGGCAAAGAAAGGAACAAGGCUGACAGGUAUGCACUGGACUGCCAGGAGAAGGCGUAUUGGCUGGUGCACCGGUGCCCUCCAGGAAUGAACAACGUGCUGGACUAUGGCCUGGACCGCGUGACCAAUCCGAAUGAAGUGAAGACACAAACAAUCACAGCUGUCAGAAAAGAGAUCAUGUAUUAUCAACAGGCCUUAAUGAGGUCCACCGUGAAGUCUUCAGUGUCCCUUGGAGGGAUCGUCAAGUACAGCGAGCAGUUCUCAUCCAACGAUGCCAUCAUGUCAGGCUGCCUCCCUAGCAACCCUUGGAUAACAGAUGACACCCAGUUCUGGGACUUAAAUGCCAAAUUGGUGGAAAUCCCAACAAAGAUGCGCGUGGAACGAUGGGCCUUCAACUUCAGUGAGCUGAUCCGAGAUCCCAAGGGUCGGCAGAGCUUCCAGUACUUUCUCAAGAAAGAAUUCAGUGGGGAGAAUCUGGGAUUCUGGGAAGCCUGUGAGGAUCUGAAGUAUGGAGAUCAGUCCAAGGUCAAGGAGAAAGCAGAGGAGAUUUACAAACUGUUCCUGGCCCCUGGGGCGAGGCGGUGGAUAAACAUAGACGGCAAAACCAUGGACAUCACGGUGAAAGGGCUGAGGCACCCCCACCGCUACGUGCUGGAUGCAGCCCAAACCCACAUCUACAUGCUCAUGAAGAAGGAUUCUUAUGCUCGCUAUUUAAAAUCCCCGAUCUAUAAGGAAAUGCUGGCCAAAGCUAUCGAGCCUCAGGAAACUACCAAGAGAAGCUCGAGCCUCCCAUUUAUGAGACGUCACCUGCGCUCUAGCCCAAGCCCUGUGAUCCUGAGGCAGUUGGAAGAGGAAGCCAAAGCUCGAGAAGCAGCCAACACAGUGGACAUCACUCAGCCAGGCCAACACAUGGCUCCCAGCCCCCACCUGGCUGUGUACACCGGGACCUGCGUGCCACCGCCCUCUCCGUCGGGCCCCUUCUCCCCCUCCUGCCGCUCCCCCCGGAAGCCUUUCCCUUCACCCAGCCGCUUCAUCCGGAGGCCCAGCAGCACUGUCUGCCCCUCACCCAUUCAGGUGGCCCUGGAGAGCUCCUCGGGCUUGGAGCCCAAGGGGGAGGCCAGCUGGUCUGGUGCCCACGGUCGGCCCCUGGCUGCUGAUGGCAGUGAGGCCUCCGCUGACUGCUCUGGGGCUCGAGGCCAGCCAAGGGCCCCCACCAAGGCCCGUGCGGCUCUGCCCUUCAGCAGGUUCCUGAGACGGGGUUGCCUGGCCUCACCUGUCUUUGCCCGGCUCUCCACCAAGUGCCCUGCUGUGUCCCAUGGCAAGGUGCAGCCCCUAGGGGAUGUGGGCCAGCAGCUGCCGAGGCUGAAACCCAAGAGAGUGACCAACUUUUUCCAGAUCAAAAUGGAUGUGCCUACAGACAUCGGGCCCUUCCUGAUGGACUCGGACGACACAGGGGCAGGAGAGUCUGGGGACCGGAACACAGAGAAGGAGGUCAUCUGCCCCUGGGAGAGCCUGGCCUCGGGAAAGGCAGGACAACCAAGGAUUGAUCAAAAUGUGGAAAGCAGAGACUGGAUGGGAAUUGGCCUCCUUCUGCUUACCGACCUCCACUUCUGCAAUGGAGCCCUGUUACCAUCCAGAGGCCCCCUUCCUGCUGUGGGUUUACCCACGUGGAAAGUGACAGCACAAACAUUGUUGGAGUGGAAGCCAGAAGCAAUGGAACAAGCAUUCUGAGGUCAUAUGGCUUCAAAAUUCAGCAUGUCUAAAGAUUAUCCCAGUUGGAGCAACAGCAUUUGAUUGAGCUGAUCCGCCAGCAUGAGACUGAGGCAGCCCUGGAGUUCGCCCAGACACAGCUGGGACAGCAGGGAGAGGAAAGCAGAGUGCCUCACAGAGAUGGAGCACACACUGGCCCUGCUGGCCCUUGACAGUCCCGAGGAGCCACCCUUUGCAGACCUUCUCCACAUGAUGCAGAGGCAAAAGGUGUGGAGUGAAGUUAACCAAGCUCUUUUUCAGGUCCAGGCCCCUGCCUGUCCUGGAGCACCUGCCAAAGCACUGUCGGUCAUCUUCACAUCAACAACUCUCAACAUGCUCUGAGGCAGAAGAGUGACUCAUCCAAGAUGUCCAAGUCCUGAUCCCCAGAAUCUGUGACUAUGUUGCCUUACAUGGGAAAGGAAGAUUAAGGUUGCAGAUAGAAUCAGUGUUGCUGAUCAGCUGACUUUAAAAUAGGAUUAUAUUGAAUUAUCCUGGUGGGCACACUGUAUAAUCACAAAAAUUUAAAACCAGCCUGGGCAAAAUAUCAAGACACACACACACAAAAAAAAAUUAGGAGAGAAGAUGUGAAAAAACAGAGGGAAAAGUGAUGUGAUUAUUUUGAAGAUAGAAGCGGCCAUGAGUGGGCAGGAAAAGUAAAGAUGGAGAUUCACCCCUAAAGUCUCCAAAAAAAGGAACAUGGUUUGACUGACUCAUGGAUUUUAGCCCAGAAGAGCUCUGUAAGGUGCCUGAUCAGCAGAGCUGUAAGAUGGAGCAUUUCCUGGCUUCUCUGAGGGGAAACCUUAUUAUGUCUUCCCUUUUUUGAGCUUCCUAGCAGCAUGUUAUUUGGGUUUUUUCCCUCUUUUUUGUGUGUAGCACUGGGGAUGGAACCCAGAACCUUCUCACUGAGCUACAUUCUCAGGCCUUUUUAUUUUUUAUUUUGAGACAGAGUCUCACUAAGUUCAUAUAUUGCCCUGGCUGGACUCCAAUUUGUGAUUCUCCUGCCUCACCUUCCACAGUGCUGGAAUUAUGGUGUAUGUCUGCAUGCCUGUUUCUGGCAGUGCAUUGUAACUGUCCCAAGAGUAAAGUUACUGUGUUAUUGACCCCUAUGCCUAGUAUGCUGGCUUGCUAAAGCCAGCCUCCAGAAAACAUUUGAGAAUUUACUGCACUCAUGCUCUAAGCAGUUGUCCUGCUGUAUGGUUCUCUCAUGGUCGGUCAGAGUUCUAGCUAAUGAAAAGCUAUGAAAGAAAGGAUUUUGGAGGUCUACACAUAGAACCUAUAAUUCUUUUCUUCAGAGGCAAAGGAAUUAGAAAAGAUGAAACACAUUGUGAGCAUCUCCCCUGGCAUAGAAACCCAUCUGGUGUUGAUAUAGAUCACCAAGUAAUCCAAAUAAGGGAAAUAUUAUAACUCUCAACUUGCUAGAUAUCUGAAAUGCAACUUCAUGUUCUCUAAAAUUGAAGAAUGAGUUCUAGGAACAAUGGAGGUUGAGAGUAGGAAAAACUUAUUGUGAGAAAGAUGGCUUUUGUUUAAGAGAUAGGAGGGGGACUGGAAAGUGAGUUGCCCACCCACUCCACUUCUCAAAGCUUCUUUAUGGGGCAAAGCCACGAGGUGAGGUGGGUACAAAGUGGGACAAGACUAUAAGAUCCAAUGGAAAAUCACAAAGUGGGAAUGAGGUGGGACAAACGAUGAUCAACCAAUAAGAUUACAAGUACAGUCACCCAGGUAAUAUUGAUUAACAGGAUCCAGGGGGAAGCUAGUUACCUAGCAAGAGUACAUGGAUAUUCUGGAUGGAAUGGACUAGCUAGGAAUGUUUUAGUCCCCAAUUAAGGUGACUGAUGUCUAUUUAGAAUAUCAAUCCCUGCUAUUCAUCUCUAGGGGAAGUAUGUGGGUGUAAUAGUUUCUUUUUAAUGUUAAACUUUAGUGAAUGUGACUCAGUUGUUUUCUGUGCUGAGGGCCCAGCCCUGCCCAACUAUCUUAUGAUAUUUUCUAAUUUAACUGUCUGCAGUAGUGUGAUGCUGACAGUGUCUGGUGUCUUGUUCUCAGGGGCAAAACUCAUGGGAAUCCCACCUAUGCUGCCAGUUUGCUUAGUGGUUCCACCUCCCCUGGGAAGGACCUGUCAAAGAGUAGCUGCUCGGGCUUCUAAAAAGGGUGUGUGAGGUGUCUGUGUGAGGUCUCUGUGCCCUGUUUCUGGGGACAACCCCAAGUGAGGUCUCCAUGUGGACUACAGAGUUUCCAGGUGUGCUCUGUGGAAUCCCCUGGGAGCUUCUGUGUGAGGUCUCCACGGGAGGACUCUGGGGUGGGAGAGCUCUGUAUGGGCUCUGACCUGUGUGGGAGAUCUCUCUGUCAGGUCUCCGAGGGAAGCCAGUUGUGAAAGCUCUGUACUGGGUUUCUGUGGGGCCGCACAGAGCCCUGUGAGAAGUCCAUGUGCAGGCUGUGUGGAAGGUGUGGGCUCGUGGGGCAGUGGGAAGACUGUCCUGUGAGGUCUCUGACAGAGGUUCCUGCUUUUGAGCUCUAUGGAGCAAUGUGAUGUCUCUGCUUGAGCCCUGUGGGAGUCUCUACCAAGGGCUAAGUUAGGUCUCUGUGGAAAGUGCAAGCAUGUUGUCUUUGGGAGGGCUCUGCAACAUGUCUGUGGGAGGUCUGUGGAGUCUGGGGGUUCUCUGUGAGGUUUCUGCAAUGAUUGAGAACAACCUGAAGAAUCUGUGGGGUCUCUGGGGAGUGGGGGGUCUCUGUGUGCUGACUGACUGGGAGGUCUCUGUGCUCACCAAGAAGACUCUUUGGAGGAGGGUCUCUGUCCUGUUCCCCUUGUCUGAAUAAUCUCCGCUUAGUGUAGGAUGCUCUGCCCCAGGAUUGAGGUCCCCGGGGCUGUGCCGGUGGCUGCCCAGUGGGCCACACACCACAGGAAAUGCUCUCUGGAGAAGUGGCUGCUCCUCUCCCUGCCUCUUGAGCCCCUCUGCUUUUCCACGAGGACCAGGUCCCACAGGAAGGGGAACAUGUGCUAGAAGCUGAGAGCUCUCCUCCUGGACCGGCCCUGCCCCCAGGCAUUUGGACAGGUCACUUCCAGCCUCCUUGUGGCACAAACCCUGUGUGACCGCCUCUUGCCCUGUGGGCUCUGGGCUAAGCAAGGGCUGGGAGCCAGGCAAGGCUUGCUGUGUGGCCCCAGGGCAGGCUCUGGACCCUUCUGAGUCCCUCCUCUCCUCUAGGGACAUCCUGGGGGCUGCAUACAUAUGUACAGCUCACCAGACUUUGAGUCACCUCUCAGGUUCCCUUGUCCUAUCUUCUCCACCACUGUCAGUUCAUCCUUUCUGCAAGAGGUGAGCAUAUCUCCAAGUUACCCAAUGUAUUGAUAAGAGAUCAAUCUUUGCUAACGUGCUCUGCUCCCUCUCAAAUCUGGCCCCGUGUGGGAGCUGAAGGUGGCUUCUCUGGUCUGGGAUCUGGAGCAGGUAGGGCCCUGUGGUGCGGCCAGGGUGAGCCACUUGGCCCCUAAUGUCGCCUCCUGUCUGCUGGUAGAUGGCGGCGGAUCCUUGGGAGCGCCCCAUUCCCUGCACCAUUCACAGUGUCCUUGUGCCACUCUGCUUCCUGCCUGGCUCCAGCCUUUUCAAUUCUCCUCCCACAUCCCCAUCCCCAGUGCCUGACCAUCACUUACCACGCAGGCACAGCCCUGCUCCCUCCACCCAGAACCACUAACUGGAGUCACAAGAUGGACCAGGAUAAGUGAGCCAUAAGCAGGACCAUUUCUUCACCCAUGAGCAGGGCCCCCCUGACCACCACCAGCCACGACCCCCCCAAGCUGGAUUUUCUGUCCUCACGGCC